AGUGUAUAUAGUGCAUAAUAUCUGUAUAAAAAUAUUAGUUUUAAACAAUAAUAUUAAUAAUACUAUUGUGUUGGUACUUGGUAGGUAUACAAACAAUGUUCGUUGAAAACAUCAUGAAAGUUAUAAUCAUUUUAUUACUGACAGUUAAAAAAGCAUUAUUUGAACUUAAUUCAAAUAUUAACAUCAAUAAAAGACUUGUAGCUAAUGGUACUGAGUAUGAUGCUUCCAAAUAUCCAUACAUAGUUUAUAUAGAGAUAGGGGAUGCUACAUGUACUGGCUCAUUACUUCACAAGUUGUAUGUUUUGACCGCUGCUCACUGUUGUUAUGGUAAAGACAUAAAAGUUAUUAAAGUAUAUCAAGGAUCAAGUAUUAAUAAUACAGAUUUUCGACGUAGUGUUGAGAUGCAUAUACACAAAGAUUUUGAUCCCGAAUCAAGAAUUAUGCAAGGAGACCUUACUGUGUUAAAAAUAGAAAGACCAUUUCCGAACGUAAAGAAAUUUAUACGAAUUGGUGGCAAGCCUGCAGAUUUUGCUAAUAACAAAGCCUUGAAAUGUAUAGAAAUUGGAUUUGGUGUCCAGAAUAAAGAUUUUUUUAUGGACAAUAAAGGAUAUAUGAUUAUGACUAAUGUUAGAUAUGGUAGAACUGCAUGUAGAGAUUAUAACAUUGAUUUCAUAAGAAAGAUAUGGCAACAGUUAUUGUGUUCAGAACCGACGACACCAAAGUUCUUAAAAUCGACAUGUCCAGGAGAUAGCGGUGGUCCAAUGAUUUGCAACAACUUGCUUUAUGGAGUAUGCAGUUUUACUUACGACUAUGUAAAUAACGAAAAUCUUGUAUGUAAUGUUACUAAUAUGCAGAGUGUGCACGUGUUCGCAAAUUAUUUUGGAGAUUGGAUAAAAGAUAAAAUGAAAGGAAUAGAAGACGAAAAUGAGGAAAAGAAGAAAAAGAAAGAUAAAGAUGAGAAAGAGAAAGAGAAUGAGAAAAAGAAAGAGAAAGAGAAAGAGAAAGAGAAAGAGAAAGAGAAAGAGAAAGAGAAAGAUGAAGAGAAAGAAGAUAAAGAGAAAAAAAAGAAAAAGAAAAAAAAAAAACGGAAGAAGAAAAGUUCCGGGAAUUCAAUUAAACCACAUAACAUAUUCUAUAAAGUUUUAACAAUACUACCGUAUUAUAUGUUGACUAAAAUUUUAAAUAGGUAGAUAAAAAUUAUAAAAUAUAUAUUUUAAUACUGAUAA